AAUCGCCAGAAGGCGGCUCAACAUUUGUCUGCGCAAAAGCGUUUCGUGUGUCGAGCAAAAGUUAAAAAAAAAAGACCAAAAAAAAAAAAAGAACACUGAAAAAAAACUCUCCGGGCGCACAACUUCGCGACAGUUACACUCUCUCGUUCCCCUGGCAGAAAAAAGAACCACCCACACAAAAAAUGUACAUAAAAAAUACUUGAUUGAGAGUGUGAACCCCUUUUUUUUCUCAUCGGCGAAAUAAACAGUUUUCAAUCGUCAUAUUUCGUGUGUGUCUGUGUGUAUAUAAAAUAAAAACGAGAUAUACGUCACUGUUAUUCGCGAGUGUCUAGAGUUUUUUUUUCUGUUUCUCGCACUGUGUGUCUCUCUCCCCCCCUUCCCCCUUGUGUGUUAAAUUUUUAUUUAUCCCUCCACAAGUGUUAAAACAAUAGUUUUAUGUUCUCAUUUUUGAUUUGUGUUCUUCCCUGAUAAAAAAGGAAAUAUUUCUUGAAAAAACAUUAAGUGGUGGGGAUGAAGGGACAAAUGGUGGAGAAUAAUAAAAAAAAACUUGAGAAUUGAAAAGUGUUUUUUUAAAAAUUAGACUGACACGUGUUGAAUUCCAUUCUUGGCCCUUAAAGAAACACACACAUAAAACGAAAAACCCCGAGUGAGUGAGAAAGAGAGAGAGACCCCAGAGAAGGUUAAUCUCGCCGAUCGAUAAACUGUCAAGGAUUUUUCCCAUCCAUGUACCCAGAAUUUGUUUCAAUUUUAGUGUAAUUUUUUCCAAAAUUUCAUCAAGUAAUUUUUAUUUAACGAAAAGAGGAACAAUUCUCGUGUUUAUGAGACUAUUUUUUUUUUUUUGUAAAAAUGGACAAUUUCGAGAAAAUGAUGCUGAUGGUGAUAAAUCGAUGCGGCCCUGACACAUCAUCAUCAUCAUCAUCAUGUGAAAAAUAAAAUCAGUGUUUUUAAAUUUAAAAAAAGGGAAUAAUAGAAAAGAGGAAAGGACCUUUUUUCCUCCCUCUCUCUCUCUAUCUCGUAAUGAAAAAUGAUUUUUUUGAAAUAAUUCUUAUGAUAACGUCGUACGGUCGCCAUUUUGAAUUCGGUCCCACUCCAGAGACGUGUAAAUGUAGUGUACGUGAGGAGUGUAUAUGUGAAAAACUUGUUCUCUCUUCCUUCUCGGCAUUUGACGUGUAAUAGUAUUUUUUUUCUCACUGUGUGUGUUAUAAGAAAAAUUUUCGGUAUAUGGAAAAAAUUUUUUCUUCCUUUGAUUUCGCAGAAAAGGGAAAUUGAAAAUCUAAUCGAGAGUUUUCCUUUUUUUCAACUAAAGAAUUUUUCAUAAAUAGAAGUUAUUUAUUUCAAAGUGUUCGAAUGUUCUCAACCUAAAAGGGUGGGACGAUGAAAAAUCUUUAAAAAGGUGGAAAUGGAUAAAUUUUAGGUUAAGAUUCAUAUCGCGAGGACUAAUUUUUCAAAGAAAUCAGAAAAGUGCCAUUUUCUUCUCUCAAAAGUGAAAAAAUUCUUUUUUAGAUAAUAUUUUCGAAAAAGAUUCCUAAUUUUCAUGACUCGACAUAAUAAUGACAAGUGAUGAUUGUCUUGUUUGGAAUUAUUCAAAUUGGGGAGUGUGCAAAAAUUUUCAUCACUUGAUGUUAAUUGAGGAAAAAUCGAGGACGUGGUGAAAUUUUAUUUUUUUUCGGGGUGUGUUUUUUGUUUCUUUUCAAGAAUUAGUGGACAAGUCUAAAAAAUUUUAAAAGUCCCCCCCUUUUAAAGGGGGGUGUGGGGUAAACUUAAAUGAGAGGAUCACGGGAUUUUCGUAUUGGUUUUAAAGAUGUGGACGGUAAUGAUGACGAUGAUGAUGGUGGUGGUGGUGGUGGAGGUGGUGUGAGUAUUGAUAGUGAACUGUCGAUUUCAAUCAAAAUGGCCCCUGGCCCGGAACAUCGUCAGGAACCAUUGACAAGUGAUAAAAAUACGGAAAAUCGUGUUGUUGUACAAUUGACAAAUGAAACAAAUGGUGAAUUAAAUACUAAUGUCGUCGAUAAUAGUUUGAGUAACAAUUCAAAUAAUAUUGAAAGUGUCGAUGGGAUUUCGAAUAAUUCUCAGUCCAUUCCAGUUCAUUCCUUGGCUGAUAAUAAACAGGAAGAACCAGCAACUGUUUCCGCAUUGAAUGAAGGAGAACUGAGGGCAUUAUUAAACGAAGCCUUAACAUAUAAACGUCCCAAAGAUCGUGAAGGAAAAUCCGAUCUUUUCAAGGAACUUCUUCAGGAGGUCGAGGCAGAUGAGACCGAGGAAGGUCGUCGAGUGAUCGCCAAUUCUCGUUGUCUUCCUGGUUCAAAUCGUCGACGUCAUAAGCGGGAUUCCGUAUCGGAACGACUCACUCACGGUGGUUCAUUGCAAAAUCUCGCUCAGCCUAUUAAUUCAGAAUUCGACAGUAGUUUCGCCUAUCUCACGUCCGGAUCGAGUCACACAUACGGUUGUAGUCGAAGAAAAGGAAAGAAGCAUACUGGACCGAGUGUUUCCGCCAGGCAACGGGAAGGUGGUUCACUUCCGUCUAACGUCAACGCCUCCCAUACAAUUGCCUCGCUCGCCAAUUUCGAUUUAGUCUUUGACAAAAAGCGUUUCUCGGAGGAAAGAACCGUUUGCGACUGGACGUUAAAGGAAAAAUCAAAGUCACUUGAUAAAACUUCGUGCACCAGUUCAAAGACGAAAUUCGACGAGAAGGAUAAGGAGAAAAAGGAGGGAAAACGGGAAAUUGCCGGCGGUCCAAGUGAAGCGGAGAGUGAGAUUCGUGAUAAGAGGAACUGCCGAGGCAAACAAGGGACAAAUGAAAUGCUCGAAUCGGAUAACCCGAGCCUAGACUGCAAACGAGAUUACAUGGUAAUCGAUCUGAGCGGCGAUGUCGAGCAGGUGCCAGGCAACAAUGAUCGAAAUGCGAGCACUCCGAGUGGCGGGAGUGUUCAGAGAUCGCGCUCCAUCGAAACGGAGGACGACGAGGGCACGGAACUGAAGAUCAUUGAGCCAAGGCGUCCAGUUCAAUUUAUCACAAGGGCCACAUUCGAUAUUGCACAAACGCCAGUCGACAGUACCAUUGAAUUUCCAUUUCGUGAUCAUCAAAAGGACGAGAAGGCAACAUCGAAACUCGCCAUCAAUGGCUCCGACGCAUCGAGUGCACUUCCAUUCACGACCUAUAACAGUGUUCGUGUCCUUGGCAAUCCAAGUUCAACAUCGAAUGCUGCCUCGACACAGGGCAAAGUUAUAGUGCCGAGCAUGUACCAAGUCAUGCCCGUCACAUGGUCGUCCUCAAAUCUUGCAAUGGAAGCAAUGUCGAGAUUCACCGCUCAACAUAUCACAGUUAAAGAUUCGUCGAUAGCCGGUGAAAAAAAGUCAUUAGACGAAAAUGGUAAUGCAGUGCAAAGUUACAAUAAUGGUGAGCGUAAGAAAAAUCGUCGAAAACACACGCAAGAACCAAAUGUCAUUGUUUAUAAGGCUGGUGAGGUUGAGGGUCAUCGUAAUACCGAGGACAUUGAUAGUCUUUUGAAUUUUAUCGAGAACAAGGAGUCAAAGGGUAAAAAGGGCAAAACCGGUAAUGGCGUACGCGUGAAAGCAAAUUCCGGAGCUAAGCCAAGAAAUCGUGACAAGGACACUAAACGCGAACAGAUACCCGCCAAACUUCAUAAGUCAAAUUCACUCGAGGAAAUAUCGAAAACAAAACUCGAGGAUCUCACGAUUGAAAAGUGUACGAGUUCGAGUGGCGCGAGCAGUGUCUCCAGUCAGCACAGUGCGGGAAACGUGUCGCUCCGAAGAUCGAAGCAAAGAAGUACAGGCGACUCGGCGGACUCGAGGGGCGAUCGACGUUCCUGGGGCACUGAGGAGGGUCAGUCGAUUUAUUGCAACGACACUGGCGACGAAUACACGAUGCGUCGUAAUUCAACGAGGAAAAUGAACGCAACGGAAUCGGAGGCCGAACCUGAAUUUCUUGUCGUCACCAAGAAGAAGAAGAGCAAAAAACAAAGACGCAGCUCAAGCGGUAGUCGGGCGCAAAAUUUGUCAACUUCUGGCUCGUAUCUCCAGAGGUCACGUGGAUUCUCCAACGACUAUCGAACCCCACUUUCGCCCGAAUUAAGGAGGAAAUCGGCCAGUAGCAUGCCUCCAAGCGACAAGUCGGACAGCAGCGAUUUGGAUUCGGUGCAUUCGUUGCCGGUGACGUCAAACACUGAGAAGCACAAUCUAACAAAAACGGCAAAUUCAUCGGGCGGCACACCGCAAGCGAGUUAUGCCGAUAUCGCGCGUAUGGUCUCGAUAAAUAUGACCAAUUCGAUAUUAAAUGACACGCACAUGGUGCCCAAUGUAUUGAACAGCACUAAUUGGCCGAGUGUUGUUACGACAACAACAAAAGCACCAUCCGAACCCGAUAAAUUAACACACGAUUCAUAUCCAAGUCUCGAUGAAAUUCAACACAGCGAACGAAGAAUGAGGCAAAAUAAUUUUUCGCACAGCAAUCAUGUUACAAGUGCAUUGAGUUUAAGUUUCGAUAAACCACCGUCGCCAGUUUUGAUGAAAUCAAAAAUUGACAAUAAAAAAGCAGAGGCUCGCGAAGAGGCGAUCAAUAAAAAUAUUCAAGUCUUCAAAUACGUGCAGGACAUUGAGAAGAUGCAGCAGAGCUUAACGCAGGAUAACAAAACCAGUAACAACUCUAGUCCAAAUUCAAAUGAAACAACGCCCACAAACCCAGUGCCACCGAAAAUCAGCAAUCCCGUCUCAAUGAGUUCGCCCAUCGAAUUUGAACUCAACAGUUCAAACGAAAGCGUUAAAGAAUCAUUGAAAACAAAUUCCCGCGUAAGGAAAACUUCCCAAAAUCCCGGACACGAGGAAAAUAAUCCAAAAAAAUCCGAAGAUGCUAAAUCAACCCAAAGUCACGAUGUCAAAACACAUCAUCAUCAUCAUCAACAACAACAACAACCACCACAACAACAACAAAAUAACGAAUUGAAAAUUCAACAAAAUUACGAGUCAAAAACACAAAAGAAUCCCGAAACAAAAGCAGAAAAACACAAUAAUAAUAAUGAUGAAUCAGACGUGAAAUCACGAACAAAAAAUUCUACACCAAGUGCUUCCACAAAUACAUUAACAAAAAGUGAAAAAUUCACCAAAGCAUUAAAUCCAAAAACAAUUUCAUCAUUAUCAAAAAAUAAUCGCAAUGACGAGUCGGAGAAAAAAUCAUCAUCGAAUAAUAAAUUGGAAAGAGAUGAAAAAUUGGAAAAUAAUUCACGACCAGCGGUUAUAUUACUUGACGAGAAUAAUUCAGAGAAUUCACGUAAUUCUGAUUCAAGUGAAUUGACAUUUGGUUUUGAGAUAAAUGAACAACUUUUACUUGCCGAAGACACGGAGGAGACAACACCCACGCCUAGUCCUGUUUUUUCACCGGGUGUACCGCCGCCAUUUAAUAAACAACAAGCAUUGCCAUUGGCACAGCCACUAUCAUCGUCAUCAUCAACAACCACAUCGUCAACGUCAAAUUCAACAUUAACAGCAGCAGCCGGUGGUCAUAUUAAUCCAACGGCAUUAACAAAUACCUAUCAGAAGCAUGUGAGAAUAUUCGAUAAAUAUCCGGGUAAUUUUCAUAUGAAUCAUCCGGGACAUCAUCCAAUACAUCAUCAUCAUCAUCAUCCUCAGGGUAUGCCAAUUGCACAUGUUAUGCAAGCGUCGCCAAAUGUGAUCUUUAGGUUUCAACCGCCGCCGGUAUUUAUAAGACCGCCGCCAAUGGUGCCGCCUGCUAAUAUGGAAAAAUUCAUACAGCACACAACGACGCAUCCAAAGGAGGAUUUUUCAGUGCGUUACGUUGCACCGGAGCGUACUGUCAAUGUACAAAACUAUAAUCAUGAUAAGAUUGUGUCAUUCGUUGGAUUAGCGUGGGAGGAUGUAAUGAAGGAAAUGCCAGCAACGACAACCGGUCGUGUACGAUAUUACAGUGGACAGUGAGAAAUAACUUUUUAAAAACAAAAAUAUAUAAACGAAAAAGAAAAAAAGAAUAAAAAUCUAUACAUAUAUAAAUAUAUAUUUAAAAAAAAAGAAAAAAAACUAUAAUUUUAAACUAAAGUGCUUCGUAUAACAGUAAUAAAAAAAAAAAUAAAAUAAAAUUUGAAAAAAAACAAAUUAAUUCACGUCUUCAAGAAUCCGUCGACAGAACAUUUUUAGUGCGUUAUUAAAGUGCGCGGAUUUAAAAAAAUAAAUAAUAAUGAUAAUAAUAAUAAAAAAAAACUGCAAGUUCAUCACUUAAAAGUGUGAAAAUAGUUUUAAAA